AGGUUCCACCCAUCCCAUCUCUUCUUUUGCCUCCGACCUCACACAGCACCACCGACGGCUACAAUUAACCAUCCACGGCAUGCAUCAUUUCUCAAGUGUGCAAGCUCCAGCACACAAGCACCCCAGCUGAGCUCGAAGAGCAAUGGCGGAAGCAGGGGAAUGGCUGCCGUGCGUCUCCACGCUGGCGUCCUGCCUCCUCGGCUUCGCGCUCUACUUCUACGCGCCCUACUGGGGAGUCCGCGGCGUGCCGGGCCCUCCGGCGCUGCCGGUCGUCGGCCACCUGCCGCUGCUCGCCCUCCACGGCCCCGACGUCUUCGGCGCCCUCGCCAGGAAAUACGGCCCCGUCUUCAGGUUCCAUCUGGGGAGGCAGCCUCUGGUGAUCGUGGCCGACCCGGAGCUGUGCAAGGAGGUCGGGGUCCGGCAGUUCAAGAGCAUCCCCAACCGGAGCCUGCCGUCGCCGAUCGCCGGCUCCGCUCUGCACCAGAAGGGCCUCUUCUUCACGAGGGACGAGAGGUGGUCCGCCAUGCGCAACACCAUCAUCUCGCUCUACCAGCCGUCGCACCUCGCCGGACUCGUCCCCACCAUGCAACGCUGCAUCGAGCGCGCCGCCGACACCAUACAGUUGAACGGCAACGUCGACGUUGACAUCGACUUCUCCGACCUCGCCCUCAAGCUAGCCACCGACGUCAUCGGCCAGGCGGCCUUCGGCGUGGACUUCGCGCUCUCGGCGCCGCGCGAGCACGGCGGACGCGAGGCCGCGGAGUUCAUCGCCGAGCACGUCCACUCCACCACCUCGCUCAAGAUGGACCUGUCGGCGUCCCUCUCCAUCGUGCUGGGCCUCGUCGCGCCGGCGCUGCAGGGGCCGGCACGAGGGCUUCUCCGGCGGCUCCCCGGGACGGCGGACCGGAGGAUCGCGCGGACCAACGAGCGGCUGCGGGCGAGGGUGGAGGAGAUCGUGGCGAGCAGGGAGCGCGACCGCGACAAGAGGAGAGGGCAGCGGGACUUCCUGUCGGCGCUGCUCAACGCCCGGGACGGCGGCGGCGACAAGAUGAGGGAGGUGCUGACGCCGGAGUACGUGGGCGCGCUCACCUACGAGCACCUCCUCGCCGGGUCGGCCACCACGUCCUUCACGCUGGCCUCCGCCGUGUACCUCGUCGCCGGCCACCCGGAGGUCGAGGCCAAGCUGCUCGCCGAGGUCGACCGGUCCGGCGCCACGCCGCCGACGGCCGACGAUCUCCAGCGCAACUUCCCCUACCUCGACCAGGUGAUAAAGGAGGCGAUGCGGUUCUACACGGUGUCGCCGCUGGUCGCGAGGGAGACGUCGCGGCGGGUGGAGGUCGGGGGGCACGCGCUCCCGAAGGGCACGUGGCUGUGGCUGGCGCCGGGGGUGCUGGCGAGGGACGCGGCGCAGUUCCCGGAGCCCGGCGCGUUCCGGCCGGAGCGGUUCGAGGUCGGGUGCGAGGAGGAGCGGCGGCGGCACCCGUACGCGCACGUGCCGUUCGGGCUGGGCCCGCGGGCGUGCGUCGGGCAGCGGUUCGCGCUGCAGGAGGUGAAGCUGGCCAUGGUGCACCUCUACCGCCGCUACGUCUUCCGCCGGUCGCCGCGGAUGGAGUCGCCGCCGGAGUUCCAGUUCGGGAUCGUGCUCGGCUUCAAGCACGGCGUCAAGCUCAGGGCCAUCGAGAGGCUUGGCCAUGGAUGAUGAUCUUCCGAGGAGUUCUGCUGCUCGGAAGCCAUGUGGCAUAAAAUCAGCGUAUAUCAUGGACAGCGUUGCCCCAGCUUUGCCGCUCGAAUAUGUACAAGAAAAGCUAUUCCUGGAACAACCGAGGACAGUGUGGAAUCAAACUGUCACAAGUUAGAAAUUCAAUCACGUUGCAAC